GGACGAGCUCGAACCUGCCAGGUGGAGGUGAAUGCUGCUUCCUUUAUUGGCUGGCGGGACUUAAAUGAAAGUUUUGGGAACUCCUACUUCCCUGUCUACUCAAAAGCACAGGUGGCAGCAGCUGAGGAGUGAAAAAGAGAAGAACAUAUACAAGUAGCGGACUUCUGAAACACAUCAGGGAGUAAAGACAGCUGUGAUAGUCACAGAGUUGCACCGCGUGUUCCUGGCACACUGACGAGGCAGAUUGAUCCGACGUGCAGCAGAGAUGAGCUCCGCCGCUCCGUUCAGCCGCAGACAGUGGGCGUCCCAGUCCCUGAAGGUCACCGCCAAGGAGAUGUCCAUCAUCUCUGCACGGGGUAAAAACAACGCCAUCGCAGAGCGCUUCUCCAUGUACCAGAUGGCAGCAGAGGAGGGAAAUGCAGAGAAGACAUCGGUUGCAGAACCUCUUCCCUCCUCCCUGCGCAGCGGGAAUCUGAGUGUUUUAAAGAAACGCUGGGAACAACGUCAGCAGCCGUCCAGCCACAGAGCCCAACCUCAGGCCUGCCUCCCUGCCAACCCUCGGCCCCCCAAACCUACACCCGCAUCACAGAUCGAGAACCAGGCCGACACCCUGAAGACCGCCACACUCUCACAAGACCAGGAUACUGAGCCGGAGAUGCAGGUUCACUCUGAGACCAUCUCCAACCAGCUGCAGUCGUCUCAACCCGAGGAUCUGACAAACAUGGAGAAGCCCAGCAGAGAUUCCGAGGGGCAGGAGGGAGCGGCGGCAGCUGAAGUACCUGACUCGGAGAAGCCCAGCGUUCCCCUCAACAGCCUCAAGAUGAUGUUUGAGAAGGGAGAGAACAUGGCCGACACGGUGUCCAGAGAGCAAACGAGACGAGGAAGCGGCGGUAACACUGCAAACAUGGAGCAGCUACUAGGAGAUGGAAGUCUUGCAGAGUCGACUCCUCUCCGGGACAGGAUGGCCCUUUAUCAAGCUGCCAUCUCCAAACAGGAAGUCACUCCCACCUCAGUGAGCAGUGACCAGCUGGACAGUUUCUGUGGGAAGCAGAAGGAGAACGUUCCUCCGUGCACUCUGGACGUGAGUUCAGAGUCUGACGCAAACGGCAGGAAAGGUUUCACCUCCGAGACGAACGGCUGCGCCACCGGCACUCCUGCAUCCUCCAAUCAGAGAGACUCCUCUCAGCCCAAGACUCCCAAAAACUUCCGCCUGCCUGUGAGGGAGACCUGUGUGUCGUGUCUGAAGACGGUGUAUCCUCUGGAGAGGCUGGUGGCCAAUCAGCACGUUUACCACAGCUCCUGCUUCCGCUGCUCACACUGCAACACCAAACUCAGUUUGGCGAACUACGCCUCUCUGCACAACAACGUCUACUGCAAGCCGCACUUCUGCCAGCUCUUCAAGGCCAAAGGCAACUACGACGAGGGCUUCGGCCACCGGCCCCACAAAGAGCUGUGGGAGAGCAAAGUGGAGAGCGGUGAGACCUCGCCCCAGUCCAACGCUCAGACCAAGCCUAAGAGCCAGAGCCCGCCCCCGGCCUCAGACGUGGACCGCACCAGUGUGGAGGACUCCCCGCUGGCUAAAGUCAACGUGCUGAUGGCCACUAUGGAGGCUCUGGGACAGGGAUCAUCAGAGAAGGCCGACAGACCCGCUGAGACUCGCAGGCUGAAGAUCUCCUGGCCGCCACGAACGGAGCUGGAGGAUUCGACCGGCCGCGGUGGAUCCACGAUCGCCGCAGAGGACGGCUCUGCCGGUAAACCAAUCCGAGCCAAGUGGCCUCCAGAGGAGGACUCUCCCUCCUCCACCCCUGAACAGCCCAGAGAGAUGCCCUGCCUGCGCCGCACCUCCUCCCUGAAGGAGCGCAGCAUGCCCUUCACACUGGCAGGACAAGCGCCGGAGGCCAGGAAACGCAGUCAGACUCCUCCUGCGAGCGACGGGCACCUCAGUCCUGAGCCCUCCGGCAUGGAGCUGCAGCACGGCGGCCAGUCGCCCACUGAGGACGGCUGUGUGGACGUCCACACCAGCUCAGGAGAGGAGGAGGAGCAGGAGGGCGAGAUGAAGAAUGAAAACAUGGCGGAGCAUCAUCUCACCAGGGAGGAAGACUACACUCCAGAUGAACAACCUGAGGAGGAGAUGGAGGAGGAGGAGGGAGGUGUGAUGGAGGAAGAGAUGCCGCCUCUGAAACGGGAGGAGACGCCGUCAGACCUCUCGUCUCCUGAGGGGGAGGUGGAGGCCAGCCGGUCGUCUCAGGAUGUGGGGUUCUGGGAUAGCGAGGAGGUGGAUGAAAAGGAAGAGGUGGCGCAGCAGCAGGAAGAGGAGGUGCUGACGGUGGAGGAAAUGAUCAAACGAAACCGAUGCUACGAGGACGAAGAGGAAGAGGAAGAGGAUGCAUAAAGUGAUCAACAAGAUGACAACCACGGACACUUCUUACAUUCCUAUUUUUUUGUUUUGGUUUUCUUCUCUUCUUAAAAGAGUUGCUGCAGUGUCUAGUGUGAACUCUACUGAACUGUAUUUGUGCCUCUUUCUGAAACCUUUAAAGCCAUUCCUACAAGAUAGUUUUUACAAGUGUCGCUCUGACAUCAUUUGUUUUUAAAUGUACAAUAUUUAAAAUUACGCCCCAUGUAAUAACUAUUUUUAGCACAUGUCCGAUGUCACAGAACUAUUUGUGUAAUUUUCUAAUCUGGAUUGAAACUGCUGUUUUAAGUACCAAGGACAUGAUUGUAUUGUACCAAGAUGUGCGAUUAUUCCAGCUAAUGUAGCUUCUUAAUGGAGUCUUUUUAAAACCUAAAGGACGACCUGCUAAAUGUUUGAGAGAAGAAAGCCCAGCACUUUGAUCCGUUACCGUUUUUCAAAUGGUUUGGCAAUUUCUGUGAAAAAUACAUCUCGUCACUUUCUUUUCAGUUAUUUUGUAUGUACAUGUUAAACAAAACACUUGUUUUCCAAUUUUCAAGAGUUGUAACUGGAUCUGAAUAAUGUUGUACUGUUUGUUUUUUAAACCAGGGGACCAAAUAUCCUAGAUUACUACUGUUUAAAUAAAUUGUUAUAUACAAAAUAUGUCGUCUUGA